ACGUGGUUCAUUCUCUGUAGGAUAUUCUCUCCCUCAUAUACCACGGGAAUCCAUUCAACUCCAGUAAUGACAGUCAACGCGAGAUGCAGAACCCAGCAAGGAAACGGUGUUCGAUUCUUUGAUUCUAAGCCCGGCAGAUCUUCCGAAGGAAUAGUGUCAACAAUCUUUCCCCUCCGCACCACCCUGUGCCGGAACAUUCCAAAUUACUUGAUUGCUUUUUAAUUACUUUAUCGAUAAUUGCCUCUUCCCCACCUCUCUAAAGUUCUCAACUGGCACGUGCUAUAAUGCGCUUUAUUAGCGUCGUUUUAAAAUCGAACGUUUUUCAGUAAACAAUAUAGGGUGAUUAAUGAAUAGAGGUAUUUGAUGAUAAAAUUGCAUCCAUCAUUGUUAAAAAUUCAGUUAAAGAAAUGUUUUUCUUGCAAUUAAUAGCGCAUGAAAUUUUGAUCGUGUAGUGGUAAUGCUAAAAGAAUAAGUUAAUUUAUCGGUUGAAGCUUCAAAUUUCAUACAUGGUAAUCAACAAUGUGGUCUAUAGAACUAUUAUUCAUUCUGCUAUAUUUUGCGUCGAUUAAGCAAAAUGUAAGUUUCAGGGAUUUUUUUUGUCAGCAGUUUAAACAUUGAACAGAAAUAAAGAUUUUUGACGCUUAGAUAAAAACAUUUUCUAAAGGAAACUUUAUUCAUUAUUUUGAAGUAUUUACGCGAAUCGCUUUUAUAAAUAUCAAAAAACACAUUAAAAGAACGACCAUUUCAGAUGAAAAAUUUCUUCACGAGAAAAAGUCUGUUCCCUUUAUAAGUUAAUAUUUAAAGCAACGUGCUAUUUUAAGCUUCUAUUAAUAGUGAAAACGACUCUGAAACGAGAAAAUGACUGCAACUUCAAUUCAAAAAUGUGCGAACUUCAUAACAAGUCAUCAAAGAUCGCGUGAUAAUGAAUUGACAAUUCCAUGAAAACAAAAAUGAAGUAAAAAUUUCAAACGAUUUUUAAAUAUGGACUUCAAUGUAAGAUGCAGGGCCUUCAGACGAUUAUUUAUGAUGACGCUGAUCUGUUGUUCAGUCACGUGUUACACGUGGCAUGUACUAUCCACCCACCCUUUAAUAACAGCAGACGAUAUUUCCAUCUCGAGUGUUCUUCCCCCGUCUCCGAGAAAUCCUAGCGAAGACGAAAGCAAUGAAUAUGCUGUGAAGAUAUGGUUUCCCCGGAGAAUCAAGUCCGGCCCACCGAGCAGCGCUGAGGAAUCCAGAACUUCUUCCAGUGCCGGAUUAUUGCCAUCCGGCAACGGUUCCGUGAUUUCCGGUGGAGGUGGAGAAGCGAUGAUGAGAUUAUGGGGGGCAGGAGGGGCAGCAAGACGGUUGCCUCAGGCCCUCAUAAUCGGAGUAAAGAAGUGCGGGACUCGGGCACUACUGGAGUUUUUGAGGCUGCAUCCGGAUAUCCGGGCCACAGGUCCGGAAACACAUUUCUUCGACAGGUUUUACGACAAGGGUCUAGAAUGGUACAGACAACAAAUGCCGACGAGCUUGGAUGGCCAAAUAACAAUGGAAAAAACUCCAAGUUACUUCAUCACUAGAGAAGUUCCUCAUCGUCUUCAUCGCAUGUCGCCAUUGGUGAAGCUCAUUGUUGUGGUCAGAGACCCAGUCACGAGAGCAAUCUCGGACUACACCCAAACAGCCAGCAAGAGAGGCUUGGGCACCAGUCCAUCCUUCGACAAAAUGACGUUUCGAAACUCCACCACCGGAUUGGUGGACACGUCCUGGAGUGCCAUCAGGAUCGGUGUGUACUCCAGGUUUCUGGAAUGGUGGAUAAAAUUCUUCCACUUGAGACAAAUCCACUUUGUAAGUGGAGAGAAUCUCAUCAAGGACCCUGCAGGUGAAAUGGCCCUUGUCCAGGACUUCCUUGGUCUGAAGAGGAUUAUAACCGACAAGCACUUCUAUUUUAACGAGACCAAAGGAUUCCCUUGUCUUAAAAAGUCCGAAGGCAACGGGAAUCCACACUGCCUGGGCAAGACCAAGGGCAGAACUCACCCCGAUAUUACUCCAUCCACUAUAACGAGGUUAAGGGACUUUUAUAGGCCCUUCAACCUCAAAUUUUAUCAGAUGGUGGGCAGGGACUUCGGAUGGCUAUGACAGGAAGGGUAAUUGAAGGAAAAGGCCCUUCCACAAAUCAUAUCAGGCAAUGAAAAUUGUGUUAGUGCUCUCUUCUACAAGCUUUUCGAAAUCCUGAAGGAAUGUUCGAAAUUCGUUCUAUAUCGUCCGGUAACUCAAUAUAUGUUUCUGAGCUUGUUCCAUUUGAGUGUGUUUCAUGAUAUUGUCUUCAAGGGGAAGACGUUCGCCAAACGUUCCGUUCCGUAAUGGAAUGGGAAUUGAAUUAAGAAAAGAACUUUGUAUUUGAUUUCCUCUUUAUAAAUAAUUGUGAUAUAUUUUUUUAGAUUAUCUAUUUUAUAAAAAUUCAUUCCAAUUGAAGUUUAAAGAGAGACAAAUUCCAAAACAUAUUGAAAGCAAUUGUUAUAAAAGGUGAAAUUUUGUAAUGCUUCUGAAAUCAAUAUUAUAUUAUUCAUUGAAAGUGCUUUUAGGAAAUUUAAAGAUAUUACUUUAAAACUUCUAUCUUAUUUUUGAAAUAUUUUUACAAUUAAUUAAUACUUAAUUUCGGUGUCUCAUCUGAGGUCGAGGUUUUUCCUAAUUGAAUAAAAUUAUUAUAAUUAUAAACAUAUUGUUGCAAAAAUAAAUAAUGCAUUUGCAACUAAAAGUAGAUUGAAAUUGGCUUUCUUUUAUCUGAAAAUAGCAAAAAAUAAUUAAUUUGUUCGAGAAAACUAUUUUUCGAGAAAUAUUUUUUUUUUCUAUAAUAAAUUAAAUGAAAAAUCUAAACAGCUUUAAUGAUAGAAAUUACAACCUUUGUCCACAAAUUGUGCUACAGCAUUACAUUUAUAUUUAACUCUUUCUUUUUAAUAAAACAACUACAACUUUUUCUUGUAGAUCUGUGUUUUUAUGUAGUUUAUUCAAAACUUUGCUUUUUUUUCAUUUUUAUUGUAUUUUUCUAACAAUGUGUUUACGAAACCUAUAAAAUUGAAUAUUUCUUAAUUUACGACGAAUUUUUUUAAAAUCAUAUACGUUUUUUAACCGUUAUUUACGUAAACUGUCUAAUUUAACAAUAAAAACUAUUAUACUUUUUUAUUUCAAUUUUUAUAAUCUGUGCAAAUAUUUUUCAAUAUUUGUGCAAAUUUGUUUUCAAUCUAUGUUUAUUAAUUUACUAUUGCAUUGUUAACAAACUGUAAGAUAUUUUGUUUAAAAGUAAAGAACAUUCUAUAUCAAACAAUUUGUAAUAUACUUUUAUGAUUUCUGCUGACGCACAAAAAUAUAUUUUAAAUAUUUUAAGCAAUUUUUUAGUAAAAAUAUACGUCGUCGUUGUAUUAGAUUUAUUUUCAUGCUCAGCAAGCAUUUGUGCUGAUUCAAAAUUUGUAUGACACAUGAUUAUUCUGAUGCCAUGUUUUUACAAAAAAUCAAUUUGUAUAAAUAUUUGUAAAUAAAGUGUAUAUUCAUUAUUAUACUA